ACGAUAAAACCAACUCGCCGCAGAACAAUACAAUGCUCAAGUUCCAGGUCCACGCUCCGGGCAAGGUUAUUCUCCAUGGCGAGCACGCUGUCGUCUACAAUAGACCCGCCCUGGCCGCUGUUGUUGGCCUGGGCACCAAUCUGAAGUUCCGCCAAGAGGCGGGCAGCCAGGUAGCGAGCUUCAAGCUGGACGCUCUCAACUGCACGCUGGAGAUACCGCUUGGCGACUUUAAUGCGUUUCUCGAAAACUUCCGCAAGUACCCGGCGGACAGCACGGCCAAGCUGAUGGAGGAGGUGCGCGGGGAAGUGUCCAAGCAACUGGAAAGAGCUGCCGGCACCACACCCAAGCCGGCUACCCAAAGGGCGUUCAUAUCCAUCUACUACUUGCUGGCUGGAGCUGUACUCUCAUCACCAAAAGAUCAAAAACUGACUCUUCAAACCGGUUUCCAGGUGCAGGUAGACACCGAGCUGAACGUGGGCGCCGGCUUGGGUAGCUCUGCUUCGUUUGGAGCAGCUCUGGCCGCCGCUUUCCUCAUCUUGUCCGGCCACUUUGACCAGGAGAACUACCUGCAGGAGGAAAAUCAGGCACUUAUCUCGAGCUGGGCCUACGAAUCGGAGCGUGUCAAUCAUGGAACACCCUCCGGACUGGACAACACUGUGUGCACUUACGGCGGCAUGCUGCGCUAUGUGAAAGGACAUGGGUUUCAGUCCCUGAAAAUACAGAAACCGCUCAACAUUCUUCUGGUUGACAGUCGCGUGAGCCGCAGUACGGCAGACAUCGUGGCCAAGGUUCGCCAUUUAGCUGAAGGCUUUCCCCAGCUCAUUGAAGCCAUUUGGCAAGCCUGUGAGGAGCUGGUAACAGCUGCUGUCCCACUUUACGAGAGCUUCGGCAAUGCCCAGGACGACAGUGCAAAGUUUGAAAAACUCGAACGGCUCUUUCAAAUCAACAACGAUCUGCUAAAGGCCAUUGGUGUGUCGCACCCGAAGCUGGAACAGAUAUUCACCAUUGCGAUCAAGAGAGGCUUCUUCUCGAAGUUAACAGGCGCUGGGGCUGGUGGCUAUGCAAUCGUCCUGCUCCCCGAGAACUUCGAGUGCAACGAAGUGUACUGGAAACUUAAGGAGGAACUCGAGUCGGCGGGCUUUGGCGUUCAUGUGACGACAGCUGGCGGUGUUGGAUUGCGUGUUGGCUCUUUGGACGAUUGAUCCAAGACUUGCUUCACUUUGUAUUGCUAUUGUGUGUAUUCGUGGUUUCGUUAUGACUUAAAAAUAAAGAUUUACAUUUGUAAUUUGUA